AUGCUAAAGCUAGUCAGAAGAAUAACCCAAUUCCGGUACUACGGCAGUGCAAGUGUUAUUGGUAGCGAGCCGAAUAAAAAUGAUCCUUACUACCAAGAAAACAAGGCGAAAAUGGAGGAGUUGGUUGACGAAUUGCGUUUGAAAACUAGUGAUGCUAUCAAAGGCGGCCCAGAAGAGGCCCAGAAAAGGCACACGGCGAGAGGAAAACUUCUAGUGAGAGACAGGAUUAACCGGUUGGUGGAUGAAGGUAGCGACGUUUUGGAACUGAGUACGCUCGCCGCUACGGGCAUGUACAAAGGCCAAGUGCCAAGUGCCGGCAUCGUUACUGCUAUCGGUAAAGUUCACGGUCGCGAUUGCAUGAUAGUGGCCAACGACGCAACUGUUAAAGGUGGAACAUACUUCCCCGUCACUGUAAAGAAGCAUUUACGCGCGCAAUCAAUUGCCCAAGAAUGUCGUCUUCCGUGUAUUUACCUUGUAGACUCCGGAGGCGCUCAUUUACCAGACCAAGCUGAUGUGUUCCCCGAUAGGGAACAUUUUGGGAGAAUCUUCUAUAACCAAGCGAACAUGUCCGCAGAGGGGAUACCUCAGAUAUCGGUGGUAAUGGGGUCUUGUACAGCUGGUGGCGCUUACAUUCCUAGUAUGUCCGAUGAGAGUAUUAUAAUUAAGAACCAAGGGACAAUUUUCUUAGCUGGACCACCUUUAGUCAAAGCUGCCACUGGUGAAUCGGUUUCAGCAGAGGAUUUAGGGGGAGCAGACUUACAUUGUCGUCAAUCAGGCGUCACGGAUCAUUACGCUCAAGAUGAUGAACACGCAUUACACUUAGCCAGGAAUGUUGUCGCUAAUUUGAAUUGGAAUAAUGACCAGAAAACUCGAAUAUACACUCAAAAAGUUGACGAACCGGUACAUGAUAUAAAUGACCUUCACGGCAUUGUCGGAGCAAAUAUUCAAAGGCCUUUCGAUAUCAGAGAGGUAGUUGCUAGAGUUGUAGAUGGUAGCAGGUUUCAUGAAUUCAAGCAACUGUACGGCGAGACUUUAGUGUGUGGGUUUGCCACCAUUUAUGGUCACCCAGUGGGUGUGAUAGGAAAUAAUGGCGUUCUGCAGUCAGAGUCUGCUCUGAAAGGAUCUCACUUUAUUCAACUAUGUGCUGCUCGAAAGAUUCCGUUGCUUUUCCUACAAAAUAUAACCGGGUUUAUGGUCGGCAGGGAGGCCGAGGCUGGUGGCAUUGCUAAAAAUGGCGCGAAAAUGGUAACAGCUGUUAGCUGCUUUAAAGGACCUAAAAUUACUGUGAUUGUUGGUGGCAGCUUUGGAGCUGGUAAUUACGGAAUGUGUGGACGAGCUUACUCCCCUAGUUUCUUAUACAUGUGGCCCAAUGCUAGAAUAUCAGUCAUGGGUGGGCCGCAGGCUGCCACAGUACUGUCUUUAGUUGCAAAAGAAAAAGCGCAGAGAGAAGGUAAGCCUUGGACUGAGGAAGAUGAGAGAAAAGUCCGGGGUCCUUUGGAGGCCCAGUUUGAAAGGGAGGGUGUUCCGUACUAUAGUACAGCAAGAUUGUGGGAUGAUGGUAUAGUAGCGCCAAAAGAUACGAGAAGAGUUAUAGGACUAAGUUUAUCGGCCGCUUUGAACGCGCCAUUCAGAGAUAGCAAAUUUGGAGUUUUUAGGAUGUGA